CUGAGAAUACUGCUUGGAGGACAGCACCUGAAGCAAAACCAUUUUCACCACUUCAAGAUUGCAAAAUGAAGCUUCUUAUUUUUGUAGCCUUCAUGGCCACCAUCUUCAAUGUCAAUGCUGGCAAGAAACUGAGACUGCUGGCAGGUCUAAAUGGUGGAAUUGUGUCUGGGGUUAACCCUGGACUGGUGGUGGGGGGCCUGAACACUGGCGUCCUCCCUGGUGGCACUGGGUUGAUUGGGCAGCCUCAGUUUGCCCAGAUGGUCCCAGGUGUCCCCACGUAUGUCAUGCAACCCCAAGCUGUUCCCAAUGGUCCCUAUGGUUUUCCCAAUGUCGGGAUGCUGCAGCCUCAACUGUUCCCUAACUUCCCUGGACAGUACCAGUAUCCUGCCCCACCAGCUAACGGGCUGCCUUACUACAUGGGUGUGCCUCAAAUGACAGGAAUGAAUCCUCCACAACAGCAAGUCAUGGGAGUCCAAGGUGCAGGUGGGAUUCCCAUGAUGCAACAGCAGCAGCCACAGCAGGGUCCUCCACAAGCAGAGCCCGUGAGAAGAUUCAAGCGCUUUCUGAUGAGGAGGGCUCACACCAUGAAACCUGAUUUGGACAUUCAGAUUUCAACUGAGACAACCACAACUCCGCCCCCAACUACUUGUUCAGACAAUAUUCCAGUUUAGAGUCGACAAAUUUGAGAGGAACAAGGUGUCUGCUGUAGAACAUGGACACAGGGGAAUUUCACCAAGUCGUCCACAGCACUUUAAGUUAAUCAUAUCAGAUACGCUAGCGGUUAAGAGCUUUGGGCCAUUAACCGAAAGGUUGCUGGUUCGAAUCCCUGAGCCAACUAGGUGAAAAAUUGGUUGAUGUGCCCUUGAGCAAGGCAUUUAACCCUAAUUGCUCAUGUUAAUUGCUCUGGAUAAGAGCGUUUGCUAAAUUACUAAAAUGUAAACGUAUAAUGUCUUCUAACAUUGUAUACAUGCAGAUCUUAUUUGCUAUGUCUAUGUUUCUUCUUGAAAUUUCAAUAAACAUGACUAUUAGCCUUCAUUAAAAUUGUUUGUUUGUUUGGUUUGAAAUGGGGGUUGAUUUUUGGCCCUUCCUACAUUUGUCAUGCAAAUGUAUGGCAUAUUGCCCCAAUUUCGCCAUCUAGGGGCAGAAUUAAAUUAAUUUGAGUAUCUAAAAUAUUAUGAGCCCAGAUUACUAGACUCAGAUUAAGUUUAGUCCAUAAGAAGCACUUUCAAUGGAGCAUCUCCAUUGAGCAUGCAUUUCAGUCCAGGACUAGGUUGAAAUUCUGUCCAGGAAGCCAUCCCUUUAAGAAUUUGUGAGGACCUGAGAAAGUAAAGACACUGUUGGUGAAGAAGCACAUCGACAGGCUUCAAGUGACUGCAGGGCUAAAGGAUGAACAGACCCAGCGCCAUGAAAAAGUGACUAAGGGGGCAGUUUAAAUCGGUUCGGAAGCAACAUUUUGGGGGAUUCUUGCAUUGGAAUUAUAUUGAAUUCUGCUUAUAAUUCUGCUUAUAUUGUAUAUCACUCUA